CUGCUUGGGGGGGUUUGUGCAAGUGUGCCCCUCACCUCUUUAUAAGCAGAUACAGGGGUCUGUGUAAAAUCACAGAACUUCGCCAUCAAACAGGCACCUGGUUCCAAAGCAAAGGGAGCUCAGCAGGAAACAGCUUCUGAACAUCAACAGCUGCUGUCAUUGGAGAUCUGCUCUCAGCAUGAUGUGGAAAACCACAGCGCUCGCAGUGUGUCUGCUGCUGGCUGGAGUACAGGCACUGGACGGCCCCUCGUAUGGAGUCAAACUAUGCGGCCGGGAGUUCAUCCGCGCUGUCAUCUUCACCUGCGGAGGCUCUCGGUGGAAACGCUCCUUGACAAACACAGAUGAAAUACUGGACUUAUUCAGCUCGUAUGAAAGCAAUGCUCCAGACAGUGCUGCACCAUCCUCCCAGCAUGCCCCUGACUCAAAUCUUCCAUCACUGGCACAAGGGGAAAAGUUCAGCAGGCCAGCACGCUCUCUCAUUUCACAGGAGGUGCUUGAAGCGUUGCGUACCGUGGACAGAAAAGGACGUGAUGUAGUGGUGGGACUGUCCAACGCCUGCUGCAAGUGGGGCUGCAGCAAAGGAGAAAUCAGCUCCCUUUGCUGAGAGACUAACUGCUCUAUAGCAUGAGUGAAUAAAAAGUGUGUGUGUGUACUUCUCCUGUGCUGACUUUUUCAAUCUCCAUUCAUAUAUUGUGCUUGAGACUUGUAAAUGGUCUGCAUUGAACUCCUGUGCAUCUUGCAGUUAAUUUAACUAAAGAUUUUAGAAUGUUUGUUGUUAUAAAGUCAUGUCAUUUUUUUGCAUUCAAUGCAAUGUGUUCACUUUUUAAUCUUUAUCUAGAG